GCCGGCUGCGCCUGCGCGGGCAGGUGGGGAAGAUGGCUGCUGUGCAGGGUGUGCGGGCUGUUGGGCAUAGGCCUGGAGCUGGGUUGGCCGGGAUGUUUCGGGCUCUCCUGCUGCUGCUGUGGUUUGCGGCUCGCGGAAGCGCCCUGUAUUUCCACAUCGGAGAGACGGAGAAGAAGUGCUUUAUUGAGGAGAUUCCGGACGAGACCAUGGUUAUAGGAAACUACCGGACGCAACUAUAUGACAAGCAGCGGGAAGAAUACCAGCCGGCGACCCCCGGGCUUGGCAUGUUCGUGGAGGUGAAGGACCCAGAGGACAAGGUUAUCCUGGCCCGGCAGUAUGGCUCUGAAGGUAGAUUCACAUUCACCUCCCAUACCCCAGGGGAGCACCAGAUCUGUCUUCACUCCAAUUCUACCAAGUUCUCCCUCUUUGCUGGAGGCAUGCUGAGAGUUCACCUGGAUAUCCAGGUGGGUGAACACGCCAACGACUAUGCAGAAAUUGCUGCCAAGGAUAAGCUGAGUGAGUUGCAGCUACGAGUACGGCAGCUGGUGGAGCAAGUGGAGCAGAUCCAGAAAGAGCAGAACUAUCAACGGUGGCGAGAGGAACGCUUCCGUCAGACCAGCGAGAGCACCAACCAGCGGGUGCUGUGGUGGUCCAUUCUGCAGACCCUCAUCCUUGUAGCCAUUGGCGUCUGGCAGAUGCGACACCUCAAGAGCUUCUUUGAAGCCAAGAAGCUGGUGUAGCCAUUGCAGGCCUCACCGGCCAUCCUUCCUCCCUGGCUGGGGGAGAAAGGGCCUUUUGGAACUGACUUCUCUCUGACAGGAGACAGGAGUUACCAGCCGUGUAUGUUCUGGAGGGGAGAGGGGCCACAGGCUGCCCUGGCAGAGCCUGAGGGCUGGCUUGUGCACUGCCUGCUAAUGCUGAGCAGGUAGUGGGAAACUCCCCCUGCUCUGGGUUUUGGGCCCUUUGCAGUAAUCACCCAGGGGCUGGUGAAGCAACUGGGAAUACCAUUGGCACCUCAGAAUCGCAGUGUUACUGAUCAGGGAAGUGAGGUGGUAGUGUGGGGUGGAUGGGGGGAGGGGAGUGGGUGGGCAUGCCAGUCUUCCUUUUGUCUUCCUUUGCUAACUUGAGAUUUUGAGCAGGUUUGAGUGUGACUGCCACCCUGCCACCCUGGGAACCUCACUGUUCCCUCCUUAGUCCUAGAACUCAGCCUGCUGAUCAGGGUGUGUGUAUCAAUUGAGGGUGGGGUAGAGUGGGUUACGGUGUGGGAAAGUGGCCCUGAGGUCGACCCUGGCAUCAUAUGGUUGUCCUUUCUGGAGCUUUAGGAACCAGGGUUAAGCCAAGCAGAGGCUUUGGUGCUGGUUGGGACUGGGCCUACAGACUCUUAGUUACUGAUUUCAUUUUCAAUAAGUCUACGUUUGUUACAUUGGUUUCCCAAUAAAAGAAAUUGACUUCU